AUGAUUCUCCAUCAGCUGCUGCGCCGUACACUAGUCCCCGUCAUCGUGGGUUUGGGACUUUGGACAACGGUGAAGAGCGUGCCCGCUGUGGAGUAUGCGACGGGCCCCAAAUGCAGACGAGCAGGGGCUUUUGCCAACCUCCAGCCAGGAAGGGACUUUCUUGAGGGGCAACGGGACCGGGGUCUGUUGUCCAUGGUUGCGUUGCGGUCCAAAGGUGGACAGGGGUGGUUUCGUGGUGGUGGUGGUGGUGGAGUACAGGGUUCGGUGAUGGUCGAGACGGUGACUGCGACCGGGCAACGAGCAGCCGUCCCAUCUUCUCAAACCAGCUGUGCCUCAGCACAGCCAUUCUGGAACUUGCGUGUGUCUGAGGCGGUUUUGAUCAGCCGUCUCAGAGUUUUGCAGAGGAUCAGAUGGCAUGAACUCAGCGUGGGAGCUGGGAAUUUCUGGAUGGAAUGGGCAGUUUGCACAAUGGGAAAAAUCUUCUUGUGGUCUGAAGUUCGGGGUGGCCUGGGCUGUGUCGUGUCGUCUUGUCGAGUCGAGUGGGUGCGCGAUCUCUGUUACGCUUUCGACGCCAUCUGGAAGAUCAAAAGAGUUUGUGCGACAGGCGAGUGCGGACGAAGCGAAGAGGGUGUAGAGAGACGUACCCUUCAACUCUUACCUAAGCACAUCAGGUUCUUUCCCCUGCUUGUGUGA